UCUCGGGUUCGUUCCGCACGAGCUUAUGAGCUCCCUGUUUUUAUGCCUCUACGACGGACCUCUCUCUCUCUCUCUCUCUCUCUCUCUCUCUCGGCAUCUACGCAAUGAAGAAAACAGAACGAUGUCCAGCUGCAGCAUCCGAGCGCUCUGGAUCCUCAAUCACAAAGAUGCUGUCUUCUUCUCCAGAUUUUAUUCCUUUUUACCAGGAGAUUUCCGGUGGUGGAGAGACGUGGCGAUUGGCUUGUUAAAAAGAGAAUGAGAGCUCCGCCGCGUUGAAUCUUGGGUAAUCCGUGCAACCUUUUCUGCCGACGGAUGCCGGGUCGGCUUCCGCUUUCGUUGAGAGCAAGAAAAGACUGCUGGAGUUUCUUCAUGUUAUGAACUAUGGAGCUAGAGGGCUAUAUUACUAGGAGACAGGAGGUAAAAUGGGAAAUGCUGCAGGAAAAAACAUGUAGGUCUCUUUUAAAGUUGUUGGUGGUUUGCUGUCAGGAAUGUUAAUUGUUCCAAAUCUGCAAGUCUCUGGCAAGACUUGAAUUUGCAAUUUCUCUCGUCCGAGAAAUUUCUGUGAUGUGCAGGCAAGCAUUUAUCCAGCUUUAAAGCACCAGUAGAGUUCUCUAUGCAGGCUUCCUCUGGGGACUAUAUAUUGUGGAAUACUUUGGGAAGAUAUCCUUCCUGAAUGUUCAGUGAUUCUGGGAUUUGUUUUCAAUCUCUACGCCUACAAGUAUCGAUUUGUUUAUGUGUAGAAUUUGUUCUAAAUGAGGGAAAUAUUACACAAUGCAAUCAUUGUUUACGGGAUCGGUGGUGAGGGAGGUAUCAUUUCAUGUACCAUAAGGUCCAUAACUUAGCAGUUUAAUCUCAUUUUGCCGAGAUCAUUCUUCAGCCAGGUGGAGCCAUUUGUUUUCCAGAAAUCAUCUUAAAAGCCAACAAGCUCUCUUUCCGUUCAUUAUUUAUAAGAAAUAUUUUUCUAUUAUUCUUUGUGUGCUCCAAUGUGCUAUUUUGGUGUGGCAUUGGUAUUUGGAUGUCAUUUGCAUAGUAUUUGCUCCCACAUGUACAUGCGCUGUAUGGACUUUUUAAGCAUUGUUAUUAUUUUUGUGUUUUUGUUUCUCAACAAAUUGGUGAAAUACCACAUAGAGAUUGAUUUUAUUUUUUUUUUAAAUUGAAGUGCAAUGGUUACAUGGAGAUUGAUAUUGAAGAUAGCAUUCAUAGUUUGUUUUCAUUUUAGCUCUUUUUGAAAGCAAUACAUUUUUCCUUCCAAAAGUUCUAAAGAAUUUACAACUAUUUUUAAAAUCAGAAGUGUAUCAUCAUGCAUGCUGGUUGGUCCUAGAUCAUUUUUUUGUUGAGUUCUUGAAAUCAAAAGCAGAAGCAAACGGAUCCUAGCAUAUUCAUUUUGUUUGUUUGUUCAAGAGGAAUCGUUGGUAGUGUUGAAGUGGUUAUUGUUGCAAGACUGUUCUUUGAUGUUUAAUGAGUUAUGUGGAGCAAUGCUAGACAAAACAAAAGCCUGCAACUUAAUUAAGCAGGGUUGCCUGCCCAGAAUUCCCUCACCUCAUUAUCAAAAAAGAUUUGCUCACCUCCAACUAGGGUUUUAUCGGUCUCAAGCACUGUUUCAUAAGGUCUAUUCAUUGUUAGGCCAUAGUUCAUCAAAUAAAUUUUGAUGACUCUCACUACAUAAUGUCCGAGUAUAAUGUUAAGUAUGAUUUGGGUGCUCGGUUAAGCUUAGUGGCCAUCCUUUUCCAGCAUUGUGAAUUGGAUGGGUGUGAUGGAGAGUGCCAUGUAGAGAGUGCAUGGGUUAGAGUCCUUAAUUAAAUAGAAAUUGUGACCGAGUGGAUAUUUACAUGAACUCCUUGAUUCUUUCUCGUCCGCUUAGAUUUUUAUGUUACCCUCUUUUUUUUUUUAAUAAUUCAUGCUUCUUUUCAUAGUGCUCUCUUGUACUUUUCGUAUUGUUAAUAUUUAUUGUUACAAAUUAUUCCAUACAUGAUUGUUACAUCUUAGGGUUAAUAUGACAUUUUUUUAACAAGCCAGUAGGUUUUCUUACUACUUAAUUUGCAUCAAUCUUUAUUUAAAACAAGCAUAAUUCAACGCAUUUGUUGUUAAUAAAUUGACCAGCCUUUCAAUAAAUCAUUUUUAGACAUAUUUGAUUUUUUUAAAAAUCAUAUUUAAUUUUACUUCUGAUAUGAAUAAACAAAACAGUUAAUUUCCUGAGCUUUUAGAUUCACAUAUAUUAUAUUUAUCAAGUUUUGAUCUUUGCAGACUAUUAAGCUUGUCAUGGACAUUUAAAUUGUCCAACUAUACAAAAUUUACAGUGUUUUGAACGAAUCUUACUCUGCUUCCUUGUUAUUUUUUCACUAUUUUUAUUCCUUGACAGGUUUUCACCUUUGUAUCGAUCUAUUUGCCCAAGUUAAUAAACCUAAUCCUGUCGAACCGGGUCCAGCCUUUGUUCGGACCGAAACGUCGAACCGCCUUCCAUCCUUUCUUUUUAUAAAGAAUAUCUGUCGCAAAGCCAAUGGGUGAUACCUCCUCACCUUUCCUCUUGCUUCUCUCUCUCCCUAUUGCUUCUCUUAUCGCCGACCUAAUACCACCGCCGCCGCCCCGACCGCCGCCAUGGGGAGGAAGCCGGCCUCCGACGACCGCUCCUCUGCUGCCCCCUCUUCGAAGCCCUCGAAGUCCUCCGCCGCCGGCGGCAAGAAGGAGAAGCUCUCGGUCUCCGCCAUGCUCGCCAGCAUGGACAAGCCCAAGCCCUCCUCCUCCGCCGCCGUCUCCAAGAAAUCCAAGCCGAAACCCAACCGCAACUCCUACAUGGAUGAGCUCGAUUUGCCCCCCACAGACGAUGAUGACGUCGAUGAAUCCGAUCUCGCCGACGCCGAUGAGAUCCCAAAGGCCAAGACACGUUCCGCCGUUACCGAGCUCACCGCCGCCACGCUUUCCGACAAGGAGGUCAAGAAGCGGGGGAAGAAGGAGCAGAUCGCUGCGGCCAACGCCGAGCACGCCCGUAAGGAGGCCCUCAAGGAUGACAAAGACGUGUUCAACGUGGUCAUCGGCACCCGCGCCUCCGCUCUCGAUACCGACGGCCAGGACGCCGCCGCCGAUGCCAACGUUCGGGAUGUUUCGAUCGAAAACUUCACGGUGUCGGCCGCGGGCAAGGAGCUGCUCAAGAACGCCUCCUUGAAGAUCUCCCACGGCAAGCGCUACGGCCUUGUCGGUCCCAACGGCAAGGGCAAGUCCACCCUCCUGAAGCUUCUCGCAUGGCGGAAGAUCCCCGUCCCCCGGAACAUCGAUGUGCUUCUCGUCGAGCAGGAGGUGGUCGGUGAUGACCGGACUGCCCUCGAGGCCGUGGUCUCUGCCAACGAAGAGCUCGUCAGGCUCCGCGAGGAGGUGGCCACCCUGUCUGAGAGGACAGAAGGGGAUGAGGACGAUGACGAUGGCGAGCGGCUUGCAGAAUUGUACGAAAGAUUGCAGCUUUUGGGCUCUGAUGCUGCUGAGGCUCAGGCGUCCAAGAUAUUGGCAGGUCUGGGGUUCACCAAGGAGAUGCAGGUUCGCCCCACCCGGUCGUUCAGCGGAGGAUGGAGGAUGAGGAUCUCUUUGGCUCGAGCCCUCUUCAUGCAGCCGACCUUGUUGUUGCUCGACGAGCCGACCAACCACCUUGAUCUCAGGGCGGUGCUUUGGCUCGAGGAGUACCUGUGCCGGUGGAAGAAGACGCUCGUGGUGGUCUCCCAUGACCGCGACUUCCUUAACAGUGUCUGCAGUGAAAUCAUCCACCUUCAUGAGAUGAAGCUUCAUAUCUACCGUGGGAACUUCGAUGACUUCGAGAGCGGCUACGAGCAGAAGCGCAAGGAGGUGAACAAGAAGUUUGAGACAUACGACAAGCAGAGGAAGGCGGCGCAGAGGAGCGGAAGCAAGGCGCAGCAGGACAAGGUCAAGGAGCGAGCCAAGUUUGUUGCUUCCAAGGAAGCUUCAAAGAGCAAGGGGAAGGGUAAGGUAGAUGAUGACGAUGACCUGCCGCAGGACGUCCCCCAGAAGUGGAAGGACUACACUGUUCAGUUCAGCUUCCCUGAGCCUACCGAGCUCACACCUCCCCUCUUGCAGCUCAUCGAGGUGAGCUUCAGUUACCCCAACAGGGAGGAUUUCAGGCUUUCGAAUGUUGACGUCGGCAUCGACAUGGGAACGAGGGUUGCCAUUGUGGGUCCUAAUGGAGCCGGGAAGUCGACACUCUUGAAUUUGCUUGCAGGAGACUUGGUGCCCACCGAGGGCGAGGUGCGCAGGAGCCAAAAACUGAGGAUUGGGAGGUAUUCCCAACAUUUUGUGGAUCUCUUGACAAUGGAAGAGAACCCAGUUCGGUAUCUCCUCCGUCUUCAUCCGGACCAGGAAGGAUUCAGCAAGCAAGAGGCCGUUCGUGCGAAGCUUGGCAAGUUUGGACUGCCGAGCCACAAUCACCUUACCCCUAUUGCCAAACUCUCUGGUGGUCAGAAGGCCCGAGUCGUCUUUACUUCGAUUUCUAUGUCCAAGCCUCAUAUUCUAUUGCUGGAUGAGCCCACAAAUCAUCUAGAUAUGCAGAGUAUCGAUGCUUUGGCUGAAGCACUGGAGCAGUUCACUGGUGGGGUUGUCUUGGUGAGCCACGACUCACGGCUGAUAUCUCGCGUCUGUGAGGAUGAAGAGAAGAGCGAGAUAUGGAUCGUGGAAGAAGGCACUGUGACGAAAUACCCAGGUACCUUUGAAGACUACAAGGACGACCUGGUAAGAGAAAUCAAGGCAGAGGUAGACGAAUGAAGCUGUGCACCCAAGUGAGUUUAUCUACUGUUUUGUUAUACAAUAGAGUUAUUUCUGGCUUUGAAGAGUGUUUCUGUAUAGACAUUGCCUCUGGUGUUUUGAGUCUCUCCUUAUAGACAUCGGUAAAAGCUCAAUAAGUUUCUGUGCGAGAUCUUGAACUUUGCACUGCAAAGCGGAACUACUAUUUUAUGAGCUCUAUUUGCUGCUGCAGUAUGCGGAAGAGUUACAUGCUUGUUGGUUGUUUUCUUUUUCUGAUCAUUGGCAUGCUGAAUGAUGGCCCUAAUCGUGCCUCACAACUCACUUCUGAUUGCUUGCAAGUAAAAGGUUGCAGCAACUGGAUUGUUAUUACUUGUUGGAAUCUGCAUGUUUUGGAAACUAUGUACCAUGCGCAAGAGAACUUCCCAUUUCAGAAAGCAAGUCCUUGUUGAUUCAUUCGAUCAUAUGUUCUUGAUGAAAUCCCAAAGUUUGUA